AUGAGAGGAGGAGAUGAGAGAGUUUUGCCUUGCAGCAGCAGUCGCUGUGACGCUGCCACAGAGAAGGAACGCGGCGACUUCUUCCUUAUUGCCUUGACGUUCUACUCGUGCCCUACUGGAGCUUCCUCCGGCAGGACGCGCCUCCAACCCUCCGCCGCCCCGCCACCUUUGUCUGCUCACAGAGCGCAGCGGAAGGGGCGGGCGGCAGCCGCCAUGUCGCGGGACGGCGCCUCGGCGGAGGGCCCACGUCUAGAAAGUACUUCACCAUCAUUUUCCUCUACUCCCCACAAUGAGAGAUCUGGAGACUCCAAUUCAAUACUGUGUGGAGAAGCACCACCUGAAAAAGAUGAGAAGAAAGAUAUUAACAGUGACAUGAAACCGUCAGUGGAGGAUAAUAGUAGGAAACCUGCUGCUCUGAUAGUAGCAAUGACCACCACAGCACACGAGAGAACACAGUUAGAGAGGUCAGCAGAUGACAGUUCAUACAAGGAGAGAAUUGUGCAGGAGCCAGUAGUAACAGCUGCAAUACAAGAAUUACCAGUGGAUGGUCAGUCUAACCGUGGGGAGGUGAAGAACACUUCAGAGGAUUCUGGGCAGAAACAAAGUGGAACAACGAAAGCAGUUCUACAGAGCUCAAAAUCCUCAUCUUGCAAGUUUCUGCCUUCUGCACACUUAAAGGAAAAAGUGAAAGCUGUUCCAUCAGCUGCAACUGUUCCACCUCGCUAUUUGGGAACAUUAAAGGUUUUAGAGGAUAAACACUUGCAGAAGAACAAUACAGAACUUGACAGAGCAGAUAGUUUGCGAGCAGCUGUUUUCCAGAACUGGAUGGAAAAGAAAAGAGCCUUUCUACUGGAAUUAAAGAGAGCUGAAAAGAAAAAAGCUGAGGAGCUGAGGAAUGAUACUGAAAAGAAAGAAGCCAUUAAAAGAGAGGAAGCAGAUGCAUCUUUUAAAUCCUGGAAAGCAAUGAAAGCAAGAGAAGCAAAGAAGUUGAAUGAAGAAAAGAAGCUUGAGAAACUUAAGGAAAAGGAAGCAGCAGAACAGAAUGCAGAGAGAGCAGAAGCAGCACAGAAGGCGUUUGAAAAAUGGAAAGAGAAAAAAACAGAAUAUUUGAGAGAGAAAGGCAGACAGGAAGAACAGUCUGAAAGAAUCAGGAAGAAGAAAGAAGAGGAAUUAGCUGCAGAAAAGAAAAGAGACAGCAUAUCAGCAGUUGAAAAAUGGAAUGAUAAAAAAAAGGAGUACAUGAAACAGAAGAAGGCAGAAAAAGUCAGAGAGAGAAGAAAAAAAGAAAUACAACAGGCAGAGAAGGAUGAAAAAGAUAAAAUGGCCAGAGAAGAAUACGAAAGAUGGCUGGGAAACGUGUUGAGGAGAGAGCAACUUCAGAAGAAGCAGAAGAACUUCCGUGUUGUGCAUUGGAAUGAAGUGCCUUUUCCGUGGAUCCCACCUGGCAAAGUCACCUAUACAAAGAACUACUGAGCAGCCUAUUGCCCUCUGUACAAAGAGAUAAUCUGCUUAUGAUCUCAAGACUAGUCUGUUAUUUCAGUUUUUCACUGAAUCCAUGAUAGAUGUUUUAUCCUUUCUUUUUAAUUUAUUUGAUCUCUGGAGUUGAAAUGGGUUUCUUGUCCUAUUCCACGACAUUAACAAAUGCACUAAUUUUUGUAAUUCUGCAUUUAACUUAGUUUUGUUAAAUGUUGUGUUACUCCAUUCCUUCUUGGUGAAGGUGGAUAAUCAAGAGAUGGGAGGCUAGACUCUGUUUUUUUUUUUGUUUUUUUACCCAGUAUGUGGCGGCUUACUGUUGUAGUAAGCAGAAUGAUUAUGCUUACAUUACUACUCUAUUACUAUUCAGCAGCAGUAAUGACAGUUGUUACUCAAAAUGAGUGGUCACUUGCAAGUAGAAAAAAAUGAAAACACUUCCACAUCCAUUCAAAAUAUUUUAGUCUCUAUUUAUAAACAAUUAAAUGGUGAUAAACGUGAUGAACACAGUAUUCAAGAAAAGGGAAAGUACAGGCCAGGGAGCCUACCUAUAUGUGCAAGAUACAAGGAUGUUCAAGCCUGAUGGCGUGCUUGAAUUGCUUCUCUUCCUUCACCUGCAAAACCCGUUUUGAGUGAGUAGUUGAGAGAUGGUUCACGCAUGGAAGGUGAGAAUGGUGUUUGUGAUCAGGAAUGGUUCUGCCAUGAGGAAGAUGAGACAGGGAUUUGUUCUGGAAGAACUGCUGUGUGAAACAGGGAGGAUAGGGAGAUGUUGGGUGUCUUGCAGUAGAACAGAGGCAUGAGGCUAAACCAUCAGUAUGGUGUGAGAAUGUUGUUCUUCAUGAAGAAACAAACUACAGAGAGCACGAUUAAUUUUUAGAUUGUUGUAGAAUCAUAGAAUGGCCUGGGUUGCA